GACGCUGGAUGUAGUCGAGCCGGGUGGACUUUGCUUUUGACGCGCGGGGCUUUGCAGGAGAUACCAGCCUCUCAUUCAUUUCACCACCGCUUCAAAACGUCAACCAAGUCGAAUUUAAAACUUUUUUUAUCCUAUAUAUUUAUUUUCUAAGCUCUGGAUAUCCUGUAAAUUGAUAAUAUAUCUAUAAAUACUGAACCCGCCAGGAGAUAUGAUACUCAGGAGGAGUCUCUUCUUGUUGCUCUUAUCAUUAAAUUUCCUUCAAGCAAUACCUCAAGAUGGCGAGCAGGAGGACGAGCUGUCAUUUGACCUGUUUGAAAUCAGUGAAAUCACACGCAAGACUCUGGGGGCCAAACAGUUUCGGGGCCAAAACAUAGAUGCCCCCGCGUACCGCUUCAUCCGUUUCGACCACCUGCCCCCAGUGAAAGCCCCCAUAUUGAAGCAAAUCCUACGACAGAUCCAGAACAAUGAGGGUUUUGUGUUUGUGGCCAGCAUACGACAGGACCGCGCCUCGCGGGGCACCCUGAUCGGUCUGGAGGGCCCUGAUGGCCGCCGGCAGUUUGAGAUCGUGUCCAAUGGACGUGCAAACACUCUGGACCUGGUUUACUGGGUGGACGGCUCACAGAACGUGGUUUCAUUUGAAGAUGUGGAUCUAUCCGACUCGCAGUGGAAGAACAUCACGCUGCACGUUCACGGGGAAAAUGCAAACCUGUUCGUGGGCUGCCACCUGAUUGACAGCUUCAUCCUGGAUGAGCCUUUCUAUGAGCACCUGCAGGCCGAGGGAAGCCGCAUGUAUGUCGCAAAGGGAUCCAUUCGGGAAAACCACUUCAGGGGCCUUCUCCAGAAUGUGCGCUUCAUCUUUGACACCUCGGUGGAAGACAUCCUCCUGAGCAGACACUGCGAGGUCGCCAAGCAAGAUGACGCCAACAUUGUGAGCGAGACCACCGAUAUUCUGGAUGUGAGUCCUUCAAUCACUACGAACAUAAUCGGUCAGAAGACGGACGACUACGGAGCAGAAAUGUGUGAACGCUCCUGUGAGGAGCUCAGCACCAUGUUCCAGGAGCUCAAAGGCCUUCGAAUUGUUGUCAGCAACCUCAUUGAUGGCUUGCAAAAAGUGACGGAGGAGAACACGGUCAUGAAGGAGGCCCUUGGGAGGAUGAAGGACACCAAAGAGAAAAACAUGUGCUGGCAGGAUGGCCGCCUGUUUGAUGAUCAGGAAGACUGGGUUGUAGACAGCUGCACCAAAUGUACCUGCCAGGAGUCCAAGAUUGUGUGUCACCAGAUCACUUGCCCUCCAGUGGCCUGUGCCAGCCCAACAUUUGUUGACGGGGAGUGUUGCCCUGUGUGUAUGCCUAAAGACAGCGAGGAUGGGUGGUCUCCCUGGUCAGAGUGGACGGAGUGCACAGUCACCUGUGGUGCAGGAACUCAACAGAGGGGUCGGUCAUGCGAUGCAACCAGCAACCCUUGCACCGGACCGUCCAUCCAAACCCGCAAGUGCAGUCUGGGCAAAUGUGACAGCCGCGUUCGCCAGGACGGAGGGUGGAGUCUGUGGUCACCGUGGUCGUCCUGUUCAGUGACCUGUGGGGAGGGACAGAUCACCAGGAUACGACACUGCAACGCUCCCGUGCCACAGCUCGGCGGCAAAGACUGCGAGGGAAGCGGGAGAGAGACGCAGGGCUGCUCCGCCCAGCCGUGUCCCAUCGACGGCGGUUGGGGACCGUGGUCUCCCUGGGCAACCUGCUCAGCGACGUGCGGAGGAGGAAUCAAAACACGCUCGCGUGAGUGUAACAGCCCCCAGCCUCAGUACGGAGGGAAGAAGUGUAUCGGGGAAUCCAACGACAGUGACAGCUGUAACAAGAAACAAUGUCCCAUUGAUGGCUGUCUGUCGAACCCUUGCUUCGGUGGAGUGGACUGCAGCAGUUCAGCUGAUGGAUCCUGGGAGUGCGGCCCCUGCCCCGCCGGCUUUCGUGGAAAUGGCACCCACUGUGCCGACGUUAAUGAGUGCGACAUUGUGUCUGACGUUUGCUACAAAGUGAGUGGAGCGCAGCGCUGCGUCAACACCGACCCCGGUUUCCACUGCCUGCCCUGUCCAAAGCGCUACAAGGGCAACCAGCCUUUCGGGAUGGGCGUGGAGGCCGCCAAGAAGAACAAACAAGUGUGUGAGCCAGAAAACCCGUGCAAGGACAAGACUCACAACUGUCACAAAUAUGCUGAAUGCAUCUACAUUAGUCACUUCAGCGAUCCGAUGUACAAGUGUGAGUGUAGGACCGGUUAUGCAGGGGAUGGCUUCAUCUGCGGCGAAGACUCGGACUUGGACGGUUGGCCCAAUCACAACCUCGUGUGCGGUGCCAAUGCCACUUACCACUGCAAGAAGGAUAACUGCCCGAACCUUCCCAACUCUGGACAAGAAGACUUUGACAAAGAUGGCCAAGGAGACGCUUGUGACAAGGAUGAUGAUAACGACAACAUUCUGGAUGAACGGGACAACUGCCCCCUUCUUUACAACCCUCGCCAGUUUGACUUCGACAAGGAUGAGGUUGGUGACCGCUGUGACAACUGCCCGUAUGAACACAACCCUGCGCAAAUAGACACUGACAACAAUGGAGAAGGGGAUGAAUGCGCCAUUGACAUUGACGGAGAUGAAAUUCUCAAUGAAAACGACAAUUGCCCGUACGUGUAUAACACUGACCAGAAAGACACCGACAUGGACGGAGUUGGUGACCAGUGUGACAACUGCCCAAUGCUGCACAACCCCGAUCAGGCUGACGUAGACAAUGACCUGGUCGGAGAUCAGUGCGACAACAACCAGGACAUUGAUGAAGAUGGUCAUCAAAACAAUCUGGACAACUGCCCCUAUGUGGCUAACGCCAACCAAGCCGACCACGACAAGGACGGCAAAGGAGACGCAUGUGACUACGAUGAUGAUAAUGACGGCGUGCCUGACGACAGGGACAACUGCAGACUCACGCCCAACCCAGACCAGCUGGACGCCGAUGGUGAUGGAAGAGGAGAUGCCUGCAAAGAUGACUUUGAUAACGACAGUAUCCCAGAUAUCCUGGACGUGUGUCCGGAGAACAGCGCCAUCAGUGAAACGGACUUCAGGAAGUUCCAGAUGGUCCACCUGGAUCCUAAGGGAACCACUCAGAUCGAUCCGAACUGGGUGGUCAGACACCAGGGCAAAGAGCUGGUUCAGACUGCCAACUCUGACCCAGGCAUCGCAGUAGGUUUUGAUGAGUUCAAUUCAGUGGACUUCAGUGGAACGAUGUACGUGAACACGGACAGGGAUGACGACUAUGCGGGCUUUGUGUUCGGCUACCAGUCGAGUGGGCGCUUCUAUGUCGUGAUGUGGAAGCAGAUCACACAGACUUACUGGGAGGACAAGCCCUCCAAGGCCUUUGGCAUCUCCGGUGUUUCGCUCAAAGUUGUCAACUCGACCACAGGCACCGGGGAAAACCUCAGGAAUGCUUUGUGGCACACAGGCAACACUCCAGGACAGGUGCGGACUCUGUGGCACGACCCCAAAAACAUUGGCUGGAAGGAUUACACAGCUUACAGGUGGCAUCUCAUCCACAGACCAAAGACUGGUUUUAUAAGGGUUGUGGUAUACGAAGGUAAACAGAUCAUGGCCGACUCGGGACCAAUUUACGACAAGACGUUCGCCGGAGGAAGAUUAGGCCUGUUCGUCUUCUCACAAGAGCUGGUCUUCUUCUCCGACCUGAAAUACGAAUGCAGAGAUGGGCUGGACGUGCCAGCAAUGUUACCAAGAUCUCUGAACUGACGAGAAAAAAAAAAUGAAGAACGUCUCCAAGCAAAUGCCACGUCACCACUGAACCCAUUUCAGUGUAAAUGACACUUUACAUUCUUCCAUAUUUUUCCUGGAUCCUUCCACUGAAGGAGAGACAUGGCAGAUUUCUGUGCUCUUGCUCACUUGAGUGCUUUUUCUGGUCUGAGAAAGAGAAACCGAUGGGAGUAAACACAAUUUUAAAAAGCCUUAGCAGAAUAUCUAAGUAUAACCAGUCUACAUUGUACAACCACUUACAUGCUGUAUGUGACUUCCUGCAGUUUCUUACGUGCUACAUGUGACUCAGUUGUUUUGUCUUUAAUCUCCAGUUUUUUUCAGAAAAAAAGAAAAACUGAUCAUAGACAAAGAAAAACUGUAACCAAAGAGUAAGCAUUUAGCUGUCCAUUAAUAUUGUCAUUCUGAAUGUUUUGGGGGUUUUUUUUCCAGCAGAGCUCAAAUGAUCCAUUGUAAUAGUGCCAAAGAUGUUUAUACUAAGUCUGUACUAUAAUUUUCUUUUGUAAAUUAUUUAUGCUUUGCUUGUUUUGUUUGUUAGCAUUUUUUUGCUAGUUUGUAAAUAAUUAUUUAUUUGUUUACACUGACAAAGCAUAUAUUUGAAUAUCACGAGCAUCAAGAUAACACACUAUAGUAGACUGUCAGUGUUGUCGUGCACUUCCUUUACUUGUUAGUUUUUUACAAAUCUUUCAAAUAAAACUAUAGCAACCAGAUAAACACCAGCUGCUUCUGAAUAAUCAUGUACAUAAAUACAGCAGAUUUUUAUGUUGCUGUCGGAGGAAGUUAGAUCUGACAGUUCUGUUUAUUCCCACACAAUAGUCUCACUGGAUCUUGAGAUGCCUUAUUUCAACAGAAAUCAACAGAAAGUGCACAGAUCAAGGUAAGAGUCCGUUUUAAAGGAUUUGAAAUGGAUUCGUUCAUUCUUUAAGUGCCUGAUUCAGUGAAUCCAAGCAUCAACUGACUCGUCAGGAUGGACUCAUGAAAACCAAAUGCAGACGCAUCACGUUACUAUGAUUACUUUUUUCAUUCAUAUGUUAGUUAUCAGUGUCACUGACGGAUGUUUAUAGUGUUGAUUGAAACGUGAAGGCAUCUUUAAACAAAGUGUGACCGUGUUGACUGUACAGUUUGUAUUGAGGACAAGAUAGUGCGCAACUCUGUUUUUAUUAGUCUGUGUUGCAUUAAUGUUGUUCCAUGUUUGGUUUCCACCCUGUUCAUUUUGUUGAGAGUUUUGCAAUGCACAAAAUGUAAAUUUUUCUUUUGUAUACUUGUGUUGUUAGAUAUACAUUUUCUACAAACUUCUUUGUAAGAUUGUUGUUUCAGAAUAAAACUCUUGUACACCCCUUAGUCGAUUAUGUACGAGUGAUGACAUGCGACUCCACAUACAAUUUCAAGAAUAUAAAAUCCCAGCUAAAAGUGUAUAUAAACUGCUACUCUUUACUUGUAUGUUUUCUAUUUUCCAUUCUUGUAUUGAAUUCUCUGCAGCUUUUAGCUCCAGGCUGCUGAUAGAAAGUACUGUGUAGGGUCACAAAAAUACAGUUCAGUGUUUCCAAACUGUGUCGUGUUGUUUCAGUAAAGCCAAAUCAAACAGU